UCCCAGUCUCGCCUACUCCCACCGGCCACCUCUCCUAGUCUCGGAGUCUGUCGCCGAUAGACGGUCUCUCCGGUCUCGCUACAGGAGCGGUCUCUCCGGUCUCGCUACAGGAGUCAAGUCCUCUCCAGUCUCGCCUGCCUACCGGAGUCUCAGCAUAGGAGACAUGGCGGAGAUGGCUGCUUCAACACCCUGCCAAAUCGACCUCGGAAAUCUCAUGGCUUACAACCCACAUCACAGCUUUCCAACUCCUCCUAAUUCCAGGAGGGAGGAAUUAGCAUGGGAGUGCUUGCAGGACGGAACCAAAUUAGUACAAGCAGUAGCAGAUGCACUUUUCAACCUACCUUCAACUGAAGGCCUGGAUGGCCCAAUUGUCAAAUUGCCUCCACCCUCAACAAGAUUGCCAAGAGAGAAGCCUCUCCCAAAGCCUAAGCCCCCAACAAAAUGGGAGUUGUUUGCCAAGAAGAAAGGUAUUCAAAACCGCAAGAAAGACAAGAUUCUUUUUGAUGAACAGACGGGUACAUGGAAGCGCCGACAUGGAUAUGAUCGCGUGAAUGAUGACAAUGAUAUACCAAUUAUUGAGGCAAAGGAAACUGAUGCACCUGGAGAAGAUCCUUUUGCCAAGAGAAAGGAAGAAAAGAAGAAGAGAGUUGAUAAGCAAGAGAAAAAUAGAUUGCAAAACUUGAAACAGGCUGCAAAAGUUGGUGCAGUGCCAAGCCAUAUUCAGCUUGCUGCCACUUCAUUACCUAUAACAGGGACACAAGCUGCACCUAGAAAAGUUAGUAAGGGUGAACUAGGACAUGUUGCUGGAAUGGCAGCAACUGCCACAGCUAGUGGUGGAAAGUUCGACAAGAAGUUGGCCGGAGAAAAACCCCCAAAACAUGAAAAGAAAUAUCGGAAGUUUCUACCAGUUGCAGAAGGAUCAGGAAUGGGUUCAUUAGAAAGACAGCAAACUGAUAAAGUUCUGAACAAACUAAUAUCAAAGAAUUCACAUGACAUACUCAAUGUUAACAAGGCUGUGACCAUGUUCAAUGUGAAAAAGGAGAAGGGAAGGAGGAACCGUGAAGGAAAGUCUUCAACACCAAACAAGUUGAAACCAAGGGGCAAACCUCUUAAGAAAACCUUCAAAAAGGGAUCUUCAAAAGCACCGAAAUCCAAGUGAAUUCCAUCUUAACAAUCACUGAAUGAGUGAAAUUUUGGUAUUCAGCAGUAGCUGGUACUGCAAUAGAGAGAUACCCCCAUCCUUCCUACCCCUUUUUUGAUUAAAAAAAAAAAAAUAGUAGGUAGAUAAGCUGAAACAAAUGAAAAAGACAAAAAUGUGGGGUUAUACAUGGAGGUUGAAAUGUGGUGGCCAAUGCACCAAAAUGAAAAAGACAAAAAAA